UCGUUUUGGAAAUCAUACUCAGUUCACCACUCGAACAGUUCACAAGUGCAUUCACUUAUCAAGAACACUUUUCCAACAAAUUCGUUCAAUUUUGAACAUUUCAAAAAACUUCAGUGCUUAGUGCCACCACCACAAACAAACAAAACAAAAUCAGUGAAGAUGCAUUCCUACGGAUAUAACGUUGCCCACAGCAACAACAGCAUCAACGAAAACAAAUACAACAACGAGAAGCUGAUGAAGUCGUCGCCAGUGUACAAGCUCAAGAAGAUCCUGAAGCCGAUCGCCGCCCUGCUCAAGAGCAAGAAGCAGCAAAAGGAUCAGCACUACUACGUUCCGGAAAAACAGUUCGUCCCGGAUUACGAGUACGACAACAGUGCCAACGAGCGUCUCGAGGCUCAACUCAUGGCUGAGAUCGCCGAGUGCCAUGCAAAUGCCGCCAUCUUCGUCUACGAGGAUAACCAAGUUCAGAUCCAGCCAGUCCAACCCGAGGAACAGUACGUCCCAGUGCACUUUGCCCGCACUGAGGCCGGUACCUUCUUCUGGACUACGAUGAGCCGCGAAGCCGACAGUGACCUCAUCCAGCCGUGCCAAUGCUUCUCCGAUCACCAACUCCCCCAGCAGGAGUUCAGCGAUAGAUGGGCCCAAGCUUAAGUGUGUCAAAACCGUAUCAAUCAACUCCACAAAUCGUGUUGAUACUGGACCUUUGACAACAACAAAACCGCAACAAAAUCAUGAUCUCUUCCAAUCAACCUUUAGUGCGUAAGGAAAAACGGAACAAGCUUUAAUAGUUCUCUAAGUUGCCAGCUUUAAUUUUAAUUGUGAUAUUAGAAAUUUAAGGCUAAUUGUGAUCCUAAUGUCUUCCAUUGUUUAUUUUUU